AGUUAGUGGCUGUACUGAGGGAAGUGAAAUAUCUCCUGAUGUUGAAGCAGCCAGACAUUCCAAAUUCAGCUUUAUCCAUCUUUGAAAGACGAAAUACAUUUUUAAAGUAUGUUAGAAGCCUUGAACUUCUUGUCCAGUGCUACAAUAAGCUUAAGACCACCCUUCUGGAAGCCGAAUAUCCUCUGAUUGAAGAUGAAUUAGGAGCCAUCGAUGAACAGUUAAAGAAAGCAGAGAGGUCAUUCACUUGGCAGGAGGAAAGUUCCUGGAAAUAUAUCGAGGCAAUGAAAAGCACCAUCUGUGGGCUGGAGCAGAGAGUUCAGCAGGCACGCGAUAACAUCACGACCAUCCAGCGAAUGAUGGAGGCUUGGGGGGAGCAGUCUCUCUUUUCUCAGAAAGAUAGCAGGAGGGAGACUUUAUUCAGCCUGGAGGACAAGCAAGAUAGAUUUAUCAAGAAAUAUAAAUUGAUUCAGGAAGGUGGCUACAAGAUACACGGAUUAGUUGAGGAUAAUUUGAAACUCUUCAGAACUAAGUCUUCCCUGGAUACCUGGAAGAUUUACAUAGAAUUCAUUGAUGACAUUGUGGUUGAUGGUUUCUUUAACGCCAUAAUGAGUGAUUUAGAUUUCUUCAUGGUAAAUACACAGAAAAGUCUGAGACCUGCUCCCUUUUUACAAAUACAAAUGAUGCUUCAGGCCCCAGAGGUUAUAUUUAAACCUUCCUUGGAAAAAGAUAUUGGAGAUGGCUUUUAUGACCUGGUAGAGGACCUUUUAUGCAACAUAUUUAAAAUGUCUGCUCAGAUGAAGAGAAUAGCAUCCCAUUUGGAGGCACCAAACUACCAGAAUGACAUGGAUAACAUGUUCAAUUUGGUCGAAGUCAGGAAAAAGAUCUUGGACAGAGUGGCAGGGGCCACCAGCCAAGUCCUGGAAUACAGAAAUUCUCUGGAAACCUAUUCUCAUCUAUGGGUGGAUGACCGGAUCGAGUGCAUGAAGCAGUUCCUCCUGUAUGGUCGUUUGCUAACUCCUGAGGAGCUAAAUGAUCAGGCCAAUAAAGACAUUCCUCAGCAGUCACCUACAAUCGAACAAUUUAAAGCACAGAUUGACAUUUAUGAGGCACUCUAUGUGCGGAUAAGCAAGUUUGAUGACUUCAGAGUCUUCGACAGCUGGCUUAGAGUGGACAUGAAGCCUUUCAAAAUGAGCUUGUUAAACCUUACUAAGAAAUGGAGUUGGAUGUUUCAGGAGCACCUUCUAAGAUUUGUCAAUGACAGGCUGACAGAUCUAGAAGAGUUUAUACAAGUGACAGAUGCAGGACUUCAGAGGGAGGUGAAUGAAGGAGAUUACAGUGCUCUUAUAGAAAUCAUGGGACAACUUCUGGCUGUGAGACACCAACAGCGAGCCAUCGAUGAACUCUUUGAACCUUUAAGAGCGACGGUUGCAUUACUAGAGAGCUAUGGACUGGAGAUGGCAGACCAAGUUUAUGUUCAAUUAGAGAAACUUCCUGAGAGGUGGAGUGCCACCAAGAAGAUUGCAGAUGGUGUCAAGCAUCAGGUGGCUCCCCUGCAGACUGCUGAAGUCACUGUGAUAAAGAGAAGAUGUGCUGUGUUUGAUGCAAAGCAGAUGGAAUUCAGAAAGAGAUUCAAAAAGGAUGCCCCCUUUGAUUUUAAUGUGCAAUCUCCAUACAAGAUUCUUGAUAAGGCAAAUGAAGAGCUUGAGACAUUAGAAGGGGAAAUGUUGCAAAUUCAAGACUCCACAAUCCUUUUUGAAGUGCCUUUCCCAGAUUAUAAACAAGUGAAACAGUGCCGCAAAGAAAUAAAGUUGCUCAAGGAUCUAUGGGACAUUAAUACCUAUGUCAAAAGCAGCAUUGAUGAUUGGACUAAAACCCAGUGGAGACAGAUUAAUGUGGAACAGAUGGAUGUAGAGCUUAGAAAGUUUGCCAAGGAUAUCCGGUCCCUAGACAAGGAUGUUCGUCUCUGGGAUGCAUACCUCGGACUGGAGUUAACAGUGAAGAACGUGAUGACGUCUUUGAGGGCAAUUGCAGAGCUACAGAAUCCCGCAAUCAGGGACAGGCAUUGGCAUCAAUUGAUGAAAGCAACAGGGGUCAGGAUCUCAAUAAGUGAAGGUAUGACUUUAGGAGAUUUGCUGGGUUUGCAUUUGCACCAAGUGGAAGACCAAGUCCAGUGCAUUGUGGAUAAAGCUGUGAAAGAGCUUGGGACGGAAAAGAUUCUUACAGAUAUCAGCUAUACCUGGGCUAUGUUGGAAUUUUCAUAUGAAGAGCACCACAGGACAGGCAUUCCUUUGCUGAAAUCUGAUGAGCAACUUUUUGAAACUUUAGACCAUAAUCAGGUUCAGUUGCAAACAAUUUUGCAAAGUAAAUAUGUGGAGUAUUUUAUUGACCAAGUUUCCAGCUGGCAGAAGAAGUUAACGGUGACAGACUCAGUCAUCUUUAUUUGGAUGGAUGUCCAACGAACAUGGUCUCAUCUAGAAAGCAUCUUUGUUGGUUCUAAAGAUAUUAAAUUCCAGCUACCUGCAGAUGAAUUAAUGAUUGAUACGGUCAAGAUAAAAAAUGUUUUGAAAGCAACGUGCAGGCCCCACCUUUUUGAAAAACUUGAAGAUUUGCAGCACAGGUUGUCCCUUUGUGAAAAAGCUCUUGCUGAAUACCUAGAAAGCAAGCGCUUAGCUUUUGCUCGGUUCUAUUUCAUCUCUUCUGCCGAUCUGCUUGAUAUACUCUCUAAAGGAUCCCAGCCCAGGCAGGGCUUGCAGGCAGAGGUGACUUGUCAUCUUGCCAAACUCUUUGACAGUGUGGCAGAUCUUCAGUUUGAAGACUACCAGCAAAUGCUCACAAACACAGCAACUGGGAUGUUCAGCAAGGAGAAGGAAUCUGUCCCAUUUCAUGCGGCCUGUGACUGCGUGGGCCAGGUGGAAACCUGGCUGAAGCGCCUCGAAGGGACCAUGCGUGAAACUGUGCGCCGCUCCAUCCCAGAAGCCACAGCUGCCUAUGAGGAGAAGCCCAGGGAGCAGUGGAUUUUCGAUUUCCCAGCACAAGCUGUGCUCACCAGCUCCCAGAUCUGGUGGACUACCGAUGUGGGAAUAGCCUUCAGCCGGCUAGAAGAAGGAUUUGAAACAGCACUGAAAGAUUAUCAUAAGAAACAGGUCCUGGGAGUGUGA